AGGAAACUGAACCCUCCGCGGUAGUCAGGCUCGCUCGGUAUCACAGAGCCAGUUAAAAGCUGACUUCUUCAACAGAACCCAUUUUUCCCAAGAACGAGGUCGACGCAAAAGCUCACCGUCGCUCAAGUGGGUUCCGACGGAAACCGAACUUCACCAAAUCUCGCCCCUCCGGGACUCGGGGGCGUGGUAGGGAGCACGAAGUAUCGCGAGAUGACGGCGUUUUCCCGCGAAGGAGAAGCGCGCGUUUUUCUCUGGUCGCUCACUUGGCCGGGAGACUGGGACCGGCAGCGGCUGUGAGGAAUUAGCGGGUGGUGUUGAGGGACUGAGAGGAGGGUACACGGCUCCGGAGUGUGUGUCCAGCCAUGCCAGCGCAGCGGCCCGCGAGUAGCGGCGGGUCCCUCGCUCCAGAUAUGGUUGAACAGUCGAAGACGGCCGUGAUUACCCCAGCCAUGCUAGAAGAGGAAGAACAGCUUGAGGCUGCUGGGCUGGAGAAAGAGCGGAAGAUGCUAGAAAAGGCUCGCAUGUCUUGGGAUAGAGAGUCAAUGGACAUUCGAUAUCGUAGACUUCAACAUUUGCUUGAAAAAAGCAAUAUCUACUCCAAAUUUUUAUUGACUAAAAUGGAACAGCAACAAUUAGAGGAACAGAAGAAGAAAGAGAAAUUGGAGAGAAAAAAGGAAUCUUUAAAAGUUACUAAGGGUAAAAAUUCCAUGGGUGUAAGUGAGGAGAAUACAGUUAUGAGAAAGAAAAGAGGAAGAGAAGAUGAAUCAUACAAUAUUUCAGAGGUCAUGUCAAAAGAGGAAAUUUUAUCUGUGGCUAAGAAAAGUAAAAAGGAGAAUGAGAAUGAAAGCUCCUCUUCUAAUCUCUGUGUAGAAGAUCUUCAGAAAAACAAGGAUUCAAAUAGCAUAAUUAAAGAUAGAUUAUCUCAAACGGUUAGGCAAAAUACUAAAUUCUUUUUUGACCCAGUUCGGAAAUGUAAUGGACAGCCAGUACCCUUUCAGCAACCAAAACACUUCACGGGAGGAGUGAUGCGAUGGUACCAAGUGGAAGGCAUGGAAUGGCUCAGGAUGCUUUGGGAAAAUGGAAUUAAUGGCAUUUUAGCAGAUGAAAUGGGAUUGGGAAAGACAGUUCAGUGCAUUGCUACAAUUGCACUGAUGAUUCAGAGAGGAGUACCUGGACCAUUCCUCGUCUGUGGCCCUUUAUCUACACUUCCUAACUGGAUGGCUGAAUUCCAAAGAUUUACACCAGAAAUUCCUACUAUGUUAUAUCAUGGGGCCCAGCAAGAACGUCGAAAAUUGGUAAAGCAUAUUCACAAACGGAAAGGGACUCUGCAGAUUCAUCCUGUUGUGAUCACUUCAUUUGAAAUAGCCAUGAGAGACCGAAAUGCAUUACAGCAUUGCUAUUGGAAAUACUUAAUAGUAGAUGAAGGACACAGGAUUAAGAACAUGAAGUGCCGUCUGAUCAGGGAGUUGAAACGAUUCAAUGCGGAUAACAAACUUCUUUUGACUGGUACUCCUCUACAAAACAAUUUAUCAGAGCUUUGGUCAUUACUAAACUUUUUGUUGCCAGAUGUCUUUGAUGACUUGAAAAGCUUUGAAUCUUGGUUUGAUAUCACUAGUCUUUCUGAAACUGCUGAAGAUAUUAUUGCUAAAGAAAGAGAACAGAAUGUACUGCACAUGCUGCACCAGAUUUUAACACCUUUCUUACUGAGAAGACUGAAAUCUGAUGUUGCUCUUGAAGUUCCUCCUAAACGAGAAGUAGUUGUUUAUGCACCACUUGCAAAGAAACAGGAGAUCUUUUAUACAGCCAUUGUGAACCGUACAAUUGCAAACAUGUUUGGAUCCAGUGAGAAAGAAACGGUUGAGCUAAGUGCCACCGGACGACCAAAACGGCGAACUCGAAAGUCAAUAAAUUACAGCGAAAUAGAUGAUUUCCCUAAUGAACUGGAAAAAUUGAUCAGUCAAAUACAGCCAGAGGUAGACCGAGAAAGAGCUGUUGUGGAAACAAAUAUCCCUAUAGAAUCUGAAGUUAAUCUGAAACUGCAGAACAUAAUGAUGCUCCUUCGUAAAUGCUGUAAUCAUCCAUAUUUGAUUGAGUACCCUAUAGACCCAGUCACGCAAGAGUUUAAGAUUGAUGAAGAACUGGUAACAAAUUCUGGGAAAUUCUUAAUUUUGGAUCGAAUGCUACCAGAACUAAAAACCAGAGGUCACAAGGUGCUGCUUUUUUCACAAAUGACAAGAAUGUUGGACAUUUUGAUGGAUUAUUGUCACUUUAGAAAUUUCAACUUCAGCAGGCUUGAUGGAUCUAUGUCUUAUUCAGAGAGAGAGAAAAAUAUGCACAACUUCAACACAGAUCCAGAUGUGUUUAUCUUUUUAGUGAGCACACGAGCUGGUGGCCUGGGCAUUAAUUUGACUGCAGCAGAUACUGUUAUCAUUUAUGAUAGUGAUUGGAAUCCCCAGUCUGAUCUUCAGGCCCAGGACAGAUGUCAUAGAAUUGGUCAGACAAAGCCAGUUGUUGUAUAUCGUCUUGUCACAGCAAAUACUAUUGAUCAGAAAAUUGUGGAAAGAGCAGCUGCUAAAAGAAAACUGGAAAAGUUGAUCAUCCACAAAAAUCAUUUCAAAGGUGGUCAAUCUGGAUUAAAUCAGUCUAAGAACUUUUUAGACCCUAAGGAAUUAAUGGAAUUAUUAAAAUCUAGAGAUUAUGAAAGGGAAGUAAAAGGAUCAAGGGAGAAAGUCAUUAGCGAUAAAGACCUGGAGUUGUUAUUAGAUCGAAGUGAUCUCAUUGAUCAAAUGAAUGCCUCGGGACCAGUUAAAGAGAAGAUGGGGAUUUUCAAGAUACUAGAAAAUUCUGAAGAUGCCAGUCCUGAAUGUUUGUUUUAAAUUGGAGGGGAAGAAUGUCUUCAAAGUUCUUGUUUACAUCUAGUGAUUUACCUGCAUUGGUGUUAAAAGCCAGAUUUUUCACUCUACUUUUUUGAUUAUAUCAGUUUACACAAUAACUUGUACCAUUGCAUACUUUUCUGAAAGAACAAAGACAUAUUCAUAGUAAGUUUAGAUUUUUCAGUUGAUUUUUCAGACUUCGUAGUACUCUUGGGUACAGGCUGAUGUGUUCUUAACCACUGUCAGAUUUAUACAGUCUUCCUGUGGAAGUUUAAUGUCUUUCCCCCACCCCUCUUUUAGCAGUUACAGUUCAUGGGUUUUUGGUACUUCAUUUAUGGAGUAGGCUUUUGAUGGGGGAAAGAUUGGGAUUAUACUCUCUUUUGUUUAAAUAAGAAAUGGUUUGAUUUAGGGUCUAUUUCUAUAAAAGUUUGCCAAAUAAAUGUUUAUUAUAAGAUGAUCUUCAAAUUAUUUUUUUCAGAAAAUAAUGGCUCAGGUGAAAUAAUAGCAAAAGUCUUGACGGGCACUGCGAUUCAACGUUAUUAUGGUGACUCAGCUUCAUUCAUUACUACUAUACACAUAUGCCGUAAGAUUUCAGCUACACAUUGGGUUAAUGUAGAGAAGGCUCUGGGAGAAAUUGUAGGUUCUUGACAAAAGACCAAAAAUUGGAAGUGGCCGUGUAUCAUGAAAAAUAAGAGAAGAGACCCCAAGUAUUUAUAGCAGGAAGGGGUAAAAAUAAGACUUAGGAAUAUAAGCAAUCAACAUCCAUAUUAGAGGAGCUUAAAGGCCAGAAUGGGAACAGUUUAGACCCUGUGUGUACAAGAUUAAGGAAGAGAAAUACUGAAUGAUCCCUGAACCAUACGUACAUUUUUGUGUAAGUUGUUUAUCUCAUAGGAAAAUGUUAUUCUUGCCACCAUGUAUGUUCAAAUGUAGAUCAGAUUCUCUCUGCCUUAGUGUAAUGGAACCUGGGAAUCAGAAUAAAAACUUUUUUGAGAAAAUAAUCAGCAAAAGGAAAGAACAGGCUACAGCAUGGGUAUUUUUUUUUAAGUGGAAGUGUUCAUCAGGCACACAGUCAUGCUGAAGAAUCAGUGACCUUGGUUGCUUGGUAGUCAUACUGUUUUCCUACUCUGUUCUCUCAUAUUUGGCUCAAAUGAUUAUUUCAUGGGUUUAUCUCUGUCCUCACAUUUCUAAUACUUCUCCCUCUCACCUUGCUCCCUGUCUACACUGAAAGUAAAAACGAUUAGAAAAGAACUAAGAGUUGCCACCACCAGCAUCUGUGCCCAUCCAUCCUCUUUCUCUGUUAGUAUGAAUGUAGUCUGUCCCAGUUAGAGCCAACAGAAAUGCCUUUUUUUUUUUAUAGUAAACUCCUUGAAAAGUUGUCUGUAUUAACUAUUGAAUUGUUUCUCUUCAGUUUUUUUCCUGAACCCAUUCCAAUCAUUUUUAUCCCUGUCACUCCACUGGAACUGUUCUUACCAAGGUCCCCAGUGACCUCUGUAGCUUCACUUACUUGGCCUUUCAGCAGCAUUUCAUACAGUUUAAUUUCCACUAAACAAUUUCUUUAGUUUGCUGGAUUUUUCCACAAACAGGUUUGUCUGGUUUCCCUUCCUACUUCUCUUUCUCAGUCUCCUUUGCUAUUUCUUAGUCUUUGACCCCUAAACAUUAUGUUCAAACUAGGGCUUCAGGCUCCCUUGAUGUCUUACCUUGGUGCUUUAAAUACCAAGUAUAUAUUAAAUUAAAUAC